AGGCAACGUCACAUAACCACAAAUACUCCAAAAUAUUUUUCUAUCAAAAUUACAUUUCGAAUUUCGUCAUUAAAAAAUGAUAAAACAAUAAAAUAAAAAUAUUUAAAUAGCUAAUUAUAAAUUAAUAAUUUAUUAUUGAUAUUAUUUGACAUAUUAACUGACGUUUUUUUUUUUGUUUGGAGUAAUUUUUCAAGUCAAAAAAUAAUAUAAUAAAUAAUUUAACAAAAAAAUCUUACCUUGUUUGAAAAUUCAACAAUUAAUGUAAACUUUUGACUGUUUUUUUCGAUUUAAUAAUACUUUGAUUGUUUAAAUAUUGUUAAUAUGUCAAAUAUAUUAUUAACAAACACUAUUAUGACAACUAAUACACACUAAAUCAUUUGUGUCAUUUAUUUGGGGCGUCUGCCGGAUUCCGGAAAUGACUAACCUAGCCUUACCCAACAUUGCCUAACAUAAUGACAGGAGCAGCCAUCUUGAAAAAUGUGUCAAAAAAUACACUACGCAUGCGUUGCUAUUGUUUAAAAGAAAAAUAAAUAAAUAAACAAUUGAUUUAUUUACUUAUUGAGUAAAUAAAAAUAAAUUAUUCAACAAAGAAUAAUUUAUUUUUGUUUUUAUUUAUUAUUUUCGGCUAAAUAGAUGAAUAAAUAAUUUAAAAAUUGUAAAUUAUAUUUUCAUGGCGCCAUUUUUGUUUAUACAAGAAAAAAAUAAAUAAAAACAAUAUAAAUAAAUUGACAUUUUAACACGUUUUUAUAAAAAAUUUUAUACAUUAAAUUGUGUUGAUGAUUCAUCAGUAAUUAUUUGGCAAUAAAAAAUAGAAAUUUAGAAAAAUGAGUGACAAUUAUAUAUUAUUGGAGUCAAUUGGAUUUUUAAAUACAAUACCUCAGUAUCAAACAUUGGUCAAGGUAUUUGUUGGAUUAUGGUUGGUAUGGACAAUGGUAAAACAUUGUCGUCAAAGAGGUUCAAAUUCACAACCAACAAAUCUAGAAGUUGAAAGAAAAUUAGAGCAAUGGAAUCCAGAACCAUUGGCAUCAGAAAUUGAUCCAAAUCAUCCAUCACUUAGUCCACGUAUUGUAACAUCAAAAAUUGGUAAAAAUAUAAUAGUAAAUGGUAAAAAUUGUUUAAACAUUGGUUCCCACAAUUACUUGGGUUUUUUGGACAACAAAAAUAUUGAAAAUAAAGCAAUAUCAAUUAUUGAAAAAUAUGGAGUUGGUUCAUGUGGUCCUCGAGGUUUUUUUGGUACAACUGAUGUACAUCUAGAACUUGAAGAAUGUCUUGCUAAAUUUAUGAAUACUGAAGAGGCUAUUGUUUAUUCAUAUGGUUUCAGUACAGUUUCAUCAGCAAUACCAGCAUACAGUAAACGUAAUGACAUAAUAUUUGCUGAUGAAAAAGUUAAUUUUUCAAUACAAAAAGGUAUUGAUGCAUCACGUUCAACUGUCAAAUACUUUAAACACAAUGAUUUUAAUGAUUUUGAAAGGUUACUCAUUGAACAAAGCAAUGAAGAUUUAAAAAAUCCAAAAAAAGCUAUGAAAAUAAGAAGAUUUCUUGUUGUUGAAGGGAUUUAUAUGAAUAGUGGUUGUAUUUGUCCACUUCCUGAGUUUGUUGAAUUGUGUAAAAAUUAUAAAGUUAGAAUAUUCAUUGAUGAAUCAAUUUCAUUUGGAACAAUUGGUGCUACUGGAAGAGGUAUUACUGAACACUUUGGAGUACCUAGAAAUGAAAUUGACAUGAUUAUAGGUUCAUUGGAGUGGGCAAUUGGUUCUAUUGGAGGUUUUUGUGUUGGAUCAUCAUUUAUUAUUGAGCAUCAAAGAUUGGCUGGUCUUGGUUAUUGUUUUUCAGCAUCUCUACCUCCACUUUUAACAGCAGCUGCAACAACAUCUGUUAAUCUUAUGCAAUCAAAUCCAGCAAUGUUUGAUAAGCUCAAAGAUAAUUGUCAUAAAUUUCAUGAACUUUUGAGUAAUCUUAAACAUUUUGAGCUAUCAGCUUCACCUGAAUCACCAAUAAAACAUCUUUAUCUUAAAAAUAAAUUAACGAGAACACAGGAAUAUGAUAUUCUUAGAAAAAUAACUGAUUGUUGUUUGGAUAAUCAUUUGGCUGUUGUCAUGCCAGUUUAUCUUGAUAGUGAAAAAUAUUUACCACGUCAUAGUUUACGUAUUUGUGUUUCAAAUAUUUUUGAACAUAAUGAUAUUAAUUUUUCAAUUGAUGUAUUAGAAAAAUGCUCAAGUCAAAUCAUUCAAGUAUCGAAACAUUGAGAUUAUUUUUCUAUUUUGAUCCAUUAAAUUUAAUACAACGAUAUUUUUUAAUUCAUAAACAAUCAUGAUGAUUUAAUUGAUAUAUAUAUAUUUUUUUUUUAAACAAAUUUAUCCUUUUUGUAAAUUCGUUUAUAUUUUUACUCAAUGUAAUUUGCUCUCUUUAUUUUUUUUUUUACUAUUAAUCAGUAUUUUUAAUUCAUUAAUCGUGUUGCCAAAUUGUUUAUCUUAUUCAAAUAAUUUAUAGAUGCAAACCAGAGUUAAUAAUUAAAUUGACAACAUGUCUUCUUAAAUAUAAACAAAUAAAUAUUUCAAGCAAUCAUAAUUUUACUGAUUUCAAUUAUAAAAAAUAAAUUUUACUAAUAAAUAAAUAAUUAUCUUAAUGAAAAUUAAAUC